AUAUACGAGCUCCUAAAUUGUGAAAGUUGUGUUUUUGUUGUGCAAAAGUGGGUGUGUCAAAAAUGGAGUUUUUCGGGCGUUGCAUCGUUCUUGUUCUGGGUUUAAUUCUCAAUGAGUCACUUCUAUGUAACGGUGGAGUCACCAGUAGUUUUGUUAGGAAAGUUGAGAAGACAAUCGAUAUGCCUCUGGAUAGUGAUGUUUUCGGUGCCCCUCCUGGUUAUAAUGCGCCUCAACAGGUUCACAUAACACAAGGAGAUCACGAGGGAAAGGCCGUAAUUGUUUCAUGGGUGACUAUGGAUGAACCUGGUUCAAGUACAGUCCUAUAUUGGAGUGAGAAAAGCAAGCAAAAGAAUAAUGCCAAGGGAAAGGUUACUACAUACAAAUUUUACAACUACACUUCUGGUUACAUCCAUCACUCCACUAUUAGGCAUUUGGAGUUCAACACCAAAUACUACUAUAAGAUUGGGAUUGGGCACACGGCACGAACCUUCUGGUUUGUAACUCCUCCACCAGUUGGCCCCGACGUACCCUAUACAUUUGGUCUUAUAGGGGAUCUUGGUCAGAGUUUUGACUCAAACAAGACACUCACACAUUAUGAAUUAAAUCCAAUCAAGGGGCAAGCGGUGUUGUUUGUAGGCGACCUAUCAUAUGCUGAUAACUAUCCUAAUCAUGAUAAUGUAAGAUGGGAUACAUGGGGAAGGUUUGUAGAGAGAAGUACUGCUUAUCAACCUUGGAUUUGGACAGCAGGAAAUCAUGAGAUAGAUUUUGCUCCUGAAAUUGGGGAAACAAAACCUUUCAAGCCCUACACUCAUCGGUAUCAUGUGCCGUACAGAGCAUCAAACAGUACAUCUCCCCUGUGGUAUUCAAUCAAGCGAGCUUCAGCAUAUAUCAUUGUUUUAUCCUCAUAUUCAGCAUAUGGUAAAUACACUCCUCAAUACAAAUGGCUUGAGGAAGAGCUACCAAAAGUUAACAGGACCGAGACUCCAUGGCUGAUUGUUCUACUACAUUCUCCAUGGUAUAACAGCUACAACUAUCACUACAUGGAAGGGGAAACCAUGAGAGUAAUGUAUGAACCAUGGUUUGUAAAGUACAAAGUAGAUAUUGUUUUUGCAGGUCAUGUUCAUGCUUAUGAGCGAACGGAACGAAUAUCUAAUGUGGCCUACAACGUUGUCAAUGGAGAAUGCACUCCUAUUCGUGAUCAGUCUGCCCCAAUUUAUGUAACUAUCGGAGAUGGAGGAAAUUUGGAAGGCCUCGCCACCAACAUGACAGAGCCACAGCCAGCUUACUCUGCAUUCCGCGAGGCUAGUUUUGGACAUGCCACUCUUGCUAUCAAGAAUAGAACUCAUGCUUAUUAUAGUUGGCACCGUAAUCAGGAUGGAUAUGCUGUGGAAGCUGAUAAGAUAUGGGUUAACAAUCGUAUUUGGAAUCCAGUUGAUGAGUCCAUGGCUCUUGCUGUUUCAUAAUGUGUACAAUGUCCAUCCUGGGAUGUGGCAGACGAGGCCUUGUGAGGAAAACAAAAUAAUGUCGUAAAUGAAAAUUGAAGGAUAUAUAUUAAUUCAUAGUUACUCACUUCUCCAAA